AUGGAGCGAGACGACAAGAAGGCAAAGGAUGCCAUCCCUGAAUGGGACGGCAACCCAGGACGUUGGCGACACUUCGAGACGGCAGUGAAGUGGUUCCCCCGCACGCUGAAGCGGCAGGACAGGGACCUAGCGGCGAACAGGAUCAUCGGUCGCAUGCUACAGAGUAAGACGAUAGCCAUACGGACGUUUGCGACCACCCUGGAUCCAGAUAGAUAUGAGAAUCCGAACGGCCACCUCCUCCUCCUAGACGACCUGAGGAACAGUCCACUGGGAAAGCUACCUAUCCCGGACGCGGCCCACAAGAUUAAGCACUACUACAAGGACUUCAAGCGGCGCAAAGGCGAGACAGUGGGCGCGCUCCUGAUCCGGGAGCAGGACUGCUACUCAGAGAUGGUCCAGGCGCUGGAGCGCCUCUUGGAGGAGAUGGGCGACAAUGACAAGUACAAGCAGUGCCAGGAGUGCUACGGCUACUUCGACAGAGACCGUGGCGCAGCCGGACGUGGACAAUGGUACUGCCAGAGGUGCUGGGACCACUGGGAACCCAGCCCCGACGCGCCGACGCCCUCGGCAGCAGAUGACGCCCCUGCCGAGGAAGCAGAAGAAGCAGAUGAGUAUGAACGACAGUCGAUUACGUCUCGCUCGCAGGGCUCUCGAACGGAUCGAUUUCACCGACAAGAAUCCAUGGCGAGCAAGCUCAAGGUUUCGGAAGCAAUGGCAGUGGGCUCCACAUUCUUCGGCCACGCUUCUGGAGUCCUGAAGGUCCUCCGCGGUUUCUUCCUGCUCGAGGCGAUGGAUUUCACCGAGAAGGAGAAGCAGGACGUACGCGUGGUCACGCAGAACCGCUUGGAUUUCGAUGCAGUCUCCAAGGCUUUGAAGGAGAGAUGGGAGGACAAGGCGCUGGUGCAGCGGGACUUCGGACCAAGGGCUAUGCCUCGGUACGGCCCGGAGUCGAGCCCUCAGUCGGCCCUCGUUGCAGAGUUUGACGACGUACACGGACCUGACUGGUACGACGGCUACGCAGCGGCAGUUCAGGCGUGGGAGAACGACGGUUACGACCACCACGAGAACGAGGACGACUACGACGUCGUGGAGGAGCCGCAGCUCGCCUCAGAGCAAGAGGAGUCCGAGGCCAUGGACGAGGAUCUCAACCAUCUCAACGAGGAGCUCGAGGCGGCCCAGGCGAUGGCAGCAGAGGCUUCACGUACACUGGUUCAAGCCAGGCAAGCAGUGGCCGCCGCUCACAAAGAUCGAGGCCCGAAGGGCAGCAAGGGCAGCAAGGGCGGCAAAGGCAGCAAGUACCGCGACAGGGACCACGACCAGAAGGGCAAGAAUGCGAACUACCUGGAGUUCCACACGAUCACGCACGGGUUUGACGAGCUCCAGGGUCUGUACCAGGCGGAGCUGAACGACAGCGGCCUCGCCCCUUCUGAGGCCAUGGUUGAUUGCGGGGCUUCCGCGUCCGCCGGAGGCGAGCGCGCAGUCCAGGCCCUGGUUGCCGCCGUUGCGGCUGCGAACCCACAGGCCAGGAUCGAGAUCAACAAAAAUGAAAGACCGUGGUUUCGUUUCGGAGACAAUAAGUGGGGCAGAGCACUGUAUAAGGUUUCGGUCGAGUUCGAGCCGGGCUUCGUUCUGGGUAUUUUCGCUCUUAGUCCUGGCGUGCCUCUCGUUCUGUUGGGAAUGACCGCUCGAGAUCUGGAGUCGUGGCCGGCAAUCGUGAAUUUCCGAACCGGGGAGGCUGUGAUCAGGGGUCAACUGGUGCAGCUUCGCAAGACUCCAGGCAAGGGCCAUUGCAUCCUCGACCUGGUGAAGCACGUUUCCGAGAUUUUAAACCCGACCGCGAAAAACACCGAGGGUCUUGCAAGGGGCAAGGACGAAUGGGUACCUGUCGACAUAGAUGCCGACAAGAAGGAGGAGGGCCCGGAGGUAAAGUCACCUUCGGCGGCAGCGAGCUCCGGACCUACGACCCAGGUCAAGCGGGAGUUCGUCUUCAACGGCCAGAAGAUGGAGUAUGUCACCUCGGAGGGCAAGGUCAAGGAGAGAGACCCGGGCAACGCGCACCAGGGUCGCAAGAAGGAGAAGCAGAUGGAGCUGGACCCGGCGUUCGCACUGCAGGUGGACCCCCGCGAUCCGAGGACCACACGGGGACCGUGCGGGCAGACGCAUCGCAAGUACUUCACGGUCAACAACCAGUGGGGCCAGACCAGGACAUGCUAUCGGUGCGGGCUGAGGUUGCUCUACGUCCCGACGGCGAAGGCGCCGAUGACGAACCUCAGCAUGCAGCAUCCGAAGUUGGUGGAGUCCGGCCUGGAGUUGGUGCGGCACUGCAACCUGUGGGAGACGGCCAAUCACGAGCAGGUGACUGCGAUGAUCAACAUCGCCACCUCUCUUCGGAGGCUUCCCGGGACCGAGAUCCGCCACGCGCCGGACGCGCUGCUGGAGAUGUUGGGGGCAGCGAAUCCCAGGCGCAAGGCCCAGAUGGCGGAACCACUUCUGGCGGCCGGACGUCGGAGGUCACUACUCGCAGGACUGGCUUUGGCCAUGACCGUGGGUACGAUCACCGAGGCGGUGGAGAUCUGCUGCCAUCCCAACAGCAUGCUGACCGACGAGUGCACCAACAUCGGCCUCAGCAUGGAGCGGAUCAGCAUCGAGAACGGUUACAACCUCAGCACGAAGGCGGGGUUCGAGGCCGCUAGCAAGAAGCUGGACGAGGUGAUGCCGAAGCGGGCUUGGAUAUCGCUACCAUGCACGCUAUGGACUUCGCUUACGAACUUCAACUACAAGACCCCAGAGGCACGUGCACGCCUAGAGAAAGACCGACUUCGAGACCGACGACGUGUGAAGUAUGGAGUUCUCCUGUUGCUAAAGAUUGUUGACAACGGAGGAGAGGUCUACUUCGAGUGGCCUCACAGGUGUCAAGGCUGGAAGAUUCCCGAGCUCAAUUUUCUUCGUAUGGAAUUGAGGCGUCGGGGACGACACGUCUUCGAAGAUCGGAUCGACGGGUGCAUGUACGGCCUCAGGGACUACAACACUAACGAGCUCGUCGAGAAGGGCUGGAGGAUCAUGACCACCGACCCGGAGUUCUCCAAAGUCGCGACCGUGUGUGACCACUCACACGGUCACCGAGUCAUCAGCGGGAAGCUACACACUGCAGCCACGGCCUACUACCCGCAGGCGAUGUGCAAGGCAAUCGCCCGGCUAUGGCAUGCUCAACUCCGGACCCCAAUCGACCUCAACAUGGCCCUGGAGAACCCUGCUGUCCUCGACCUCGAGAAUGCCUACCUGAUGGAGCGGGACACCGGGAGCAUCUACGUCGCUGAGCCCACGGAUCUCGAAAGGGAACAGGUUCGAGCAAUGUUGAGCAAGAUACACAAGGCUGCAGGGCAUCCAGGUAACGAGCACUUGGCUUACUGGUGCAAGAAGCGACAGUGUCCACGCUGGAUCAUCGAAGAAGCGAUCAACCUUCGCUGCGAGGCAUGCGACUUAGUCAAGCACGGCGUUACCCACAAGGUCAAGGCGAGCCUCGACAUCCCCAUGGCACCUUGGCAGGCAGCCGUCAUGGACGUUUCCGACCUGACGUUCCCGGACUUGAAUGUGAAGGCCAGGUUUCUCCUCAUCGCAGAGGUCGCCACCGGCCUAAUGUGCGGGGACAUCACUGCGAAGAUCGGCCUCAAGGAUAAGGGCACAGAUUCGUCAGCUACGCUGUUCACGACGUUUGCCAGAGCCUACCUCCAACACUAUCCCAAGCCAAGGUGGGUUUUCGUCGAUCCUCAGACCUCUUUUGUGGGUGGCGAGUUUAAAGACAACUGCCAGUUGGCCGGCAUCGGCGUCUCAGCGAAACCAGGAGGAGCACAUUGGAUGGCUGGCGACAUCGAGCGCCGCAUCUCGACCGUCAAGCAGGUAAUGAGGAAGCUUCGCCUACAAUACCCCAAGCUGAGUCCCGAGACCGUGUUUUACAUCUCGAUUGCGGCGGCCAACAACAUGGACAACAUCAAGGGCUACACGCCGAUGCAGUGGGCUUUCGGGUUCUCUCCCACCGAGGACCCAAUCUUGGCGCAUAACGCAGCUACUGGCAAGUUGAAGUCCGACUUCUUCGAGAUCGAGCGGGUACGAGCGGAUGCAGAGGCGACUUACCUGAAGGAGAAGGCGUCCAGGAAGAUCUCAGAGCUGAAGAACUCAGCCCCACGACCUCGACAUGAAUAUAAGCGAGGCGACUGGGUCUGUGUCUGGCGGUCGUACGCUGCGACAGGGAAGCGAAAGCUUUCCGGACAGGAUUUCUUCACGGACGGCCUCUUCAUCGGACCGGGCAGAGUACUGUUCUCCGAGCCGGCGGUCCAGACAGGCAACAAGGACGGCGUGAUCUGGGUCAUCAUGGGCAACCGAUGCUGGCGCUGUGCAGCUGAGCAACUGCGGCCAGCCACGCAGUCGGAGAUCGUCCAGAUCAACCUGAAGAAGGACGACAUCCUCAACAGUCCGCUCGAGGACGUCUGGAGGCACCUCCAGGACUUUGACGACAUCGCCGGGGAGCCCUCCCCAACGGCAGAUGGCAUGAGGAUGCUACCACGUCAACCUCUUGAGGGCAUGCCGAGGGUGAUCGAGAAUCCCGAUGUGGCCGUGGAACCCCACGACGUCACGGAGGCAGAUGACGACCUGGAGGUCGACGAGGACAACUCAGCACCAGAGCCACCACAGAUUAAGCGAACAAGAUUGAGAGGCAAGCAACCGACUGUGUCGUGGCCACCUGUACCGACUGAAGCUUUCCAACCGCGUUUUGGGAGAUCAUCUUCAUCAAGAGCCUCAGCUGAAGUUGCUCACGCUGCCCUCUUCAAGGCGGCGAGCGACCAUGUGGAAGCCAGCGAGACCGACAUCAUCAACUUCGUGCAGGAUACGAACAACGAGGCCGAGAUGGACCUAAUGAAGAUUGAGAUCGAGACGGACCUGGAGGAGUUCUGCUUCGAUGCGAGCGCGUACCUGGAGAAGCAGCUGAACCGAGUGGCCAACAACACGGUCAAGAAGGGUGUGGAGGUUUCGUUUGGCCGCCUGAGCCCCGAGGAGAAGCCACUGUUUCAAGAGGCAAUGGCACGGGAGCUGGCGGAACAUCUGGAAGCACCGACAGUCCGGGCUGCAUCGGCUUACGCUGACUACAAUCGUGGAAAGGACAUUCCAGCGGACAAGCUGAUCAAGAUGAGGUGGCUACUGACCUGGAAGCCUUUGACACCACCUGAACCACCGGACAAGUCGGACCCACACCCCGCGAGCACGCCAGACGGGAAGUUCAAGGCGAAGGCCCGUAUCAUUCUGUUGGGCUUCUCACAUCCAGACCUUGUCAGUCGGGAUAAGUUCGGAGAUCGGGUACUUCCCACGGCGUCACCAACCAUUUCAAGAAAAGGGAAGCUGGCACUCCUCCAGAUGGCUGCUUUCCACGGCUGGACCUUCGAGCUAGCCGACGCGAAGUCCGCCUUCCUGCAGGCCGGGCACACCGAGGAGUGGAGGAAGCUCUACACGAAGGGCGUGAAGGAGCUCCGGCAGGCCUUGCAGAUCAACGAGGAGGAGUCCAUGAGAGUCUUGGCAGCGAUCUACGGGAUCACGAAUGCGCCGUGGGUUUUCUGGAAGUACGUGGACCACAAGAUCCACGAAGCAGGAGGCAAGAGCGUCCUCAUCGAGCCAUGCAUCUGGAUCAUUCAGGACCAGAACGGCACCGUGUGCGGGGUCAUUGGCUCGCACGUGGACGACUUUGGCAUCGCAGGCGACAGCGACAACAAGUUCUACCUCGACAUGAAGAACAUGCUGAAGGAGAUGCUGCGGUGGUCUCCAUGGCGAAGCACGCCAUGCAUGUGGGCAGGCAUGUGGAUCACCCAGGAGCCAUCGGGCAAGAUCCAUGCUAGCCAGGAGGAGUUCUGUCACCAGCUCCUCGAGAUCAGGGUCGAGUCCGGCAAGUACCUCUCGAAGGAUGACAAGCUCAAGCCGGAGGACGUCACCCAGUUCAGGGCAGGCCUGAUGAAAUGCCAAUGGAGAGCGACACAGACAGCACCACAGUUCUCAUGUCGGGUGUCACUGUUGGCUCAACGGGUGAACGAGGCGACGUUCGGAGACCUGAAGGACACGAACGCCCUCAUACGCGAUGUGAAGCGGACAGCUCGUGAUUCCCUGGUGUUCCACAACUUCAAUAGCAACGGUGGCGGUAAGCUGAAGUGGGACGACCUAGUGAUCGUGACGUGGGUCGACGCAAGCAGACUACUACAACGAGGAGGCUACAUCGUGGCGUUCACCACGGCCGAGAUCCUCAAGCAGAAGGAAUGUGCAGUAUCGAUCGCCGACUGGAGAUCGUACAAGCUCAAGCGCACCGGCAUCGGCACCAACGGCUGCGAGGGACAGGCUCUGUACGACGGCGAGAACGCGGCGUACCUGAUGCGCAUGCUGUGGUCAGUCAUGCACGGAGUUCCAGUCACCGCGCACACUCAGGAGGAGGUGGCGCAAUCCAUGACCUCGGUGCUGGUGAUCGACAGCCGAGGAGUUUAUGAUUCAGUUCACAACAAGGAGAGUUUCGGCAUCGGCCUGAGCGAUGCGAGGACCGGCGUGGAGGUUCUACAUGUGAAGGCGAACUGCGGGCCCGAGAAGAACCAGCACCUGGUUUGGGUCCCCUCGGACCUCAAUCUCACCGACGGCCUCACGAAGGACAGUCCCGAGGCAAGGAAGCCUCUGGCUCUGUGGCUUGCACGGCGUACCUGGAUCAUCAGGUACGAUGAGGACUUCAUGUCAGCCAGGAAGCGACAGCGAGCCAACAAACUCGCUCAGGACAAGCCGCAGGCACCUACAGACGCUGAAGCCGAGGCCGCCGACGCUUUAGCUUUUCUCGACCUAUCUUGA